UUAAAAUGUCCCUUGAGGCAAAAGCGCAAUCCCAGCAGUUAAUAAAGUAUAUGAACGUGGAUAGUGAUUCUAAAUUGGUUACAAAAUGUAGAACAAGUGUAAAUUCAGAAUUAGACUUUUUAGUUCCACAUCCGCCGCAAACAAAUGGAGCAGAGUUAUUAAAUCCGCAGUCAUACCGAAUGGGAAGAAAUGUACACCUAAGUCAAACGGAUCAAUACUGUAGUUCUAUGCAAAUACAUAUAAUGCCAAAAUUUGCAGUAUCCCUUGAAGCUGUGUCAUCUGAACUGGCGGAACCAAUCAAUAAAAUGAACCAUAUACCUGAGGAAAAAUUACACAAUGAUAUUGGCGAAAAAAUUAACAGGGUGUGUGAUUCAAGUAAUACAAAAUAUACAGAAAUGAAAAACAACACUGCUUCCGCCACGUCUUCAAUAGCAGCGAUAUCGAAUUCGAAUAGCACUGAUAUUGGUGAAAUUAUGAAAAAAAACUACUUGGACACUUUUCGAAAAUCAUAUGGCGAAUAUGGUUUAUUAACAUCAAACACUAUUCAAAAACCAAGCCUCAACAUUCUGCAGCAUCUUUUUUGUGUGCCAACAAGCACGCUGGAUUCUAGAAUGUCUCCUACAUCGACUGAAGCAGAAGUCCUUUUACGACAGCCGAAUGUCGUUACCCAAAAUAUGAAAAAAAUGGAUGAGACUGGGAACAAUCAAGACCUCGAGCCAGAACUCAAUCACAAACGACAUCUUUUAUCCUACGUAUACAAUAAUAACGUGAUGUCCCACCAGAAGUCACAGACUCCAUUUUUACCUGCACAUUUCGCUGAAUUUGUGCAGCCUAAAUUAACGGAACGGGAACCAGAAUCAGAAACAGUCCUCGAACGCACUACGCAUUAUGAUUAUUCGGGAUCAAAGAAGUUAAGUAUUCGACAAGAGGAUCUGCCACCGACUCCAUCAUCUCAGGAUAACAACAACAACAAUGAGAUGCUGAAUGACUUAGAAAAUGGAUUACGAUUUGGAGAAGAGCUUAUAUUAGAUUUUUCCCAGCUUCAAAAAAGUCACAGCAAUCGGACACAAAAACCUGGCGAUUUAGAAGAUACUCUCAAAUCAAAUAAUACAGAAAAUUACUCGAAGCGUGCUAAUAACACAAAGGAUCAUCUGAAAUCCACCUGUAGUUUCUUUCAGGAGCACAAAAUUUUGCUUGCCGAUGUUAAAAGAAGCUUAGAACAACUGACCUUACUUUCUGGCCAGUUCCGGGAAAACGUCAGUGUACGGCACUGCCAAGAGUCCAAUAAAUCCACCGACUCGUCCCUUGAAGCCACUGUGCGAUGCCAGUUAAAUGAAAACUGCAAGACAAUUGAAGAUAUUUUGGAUCAAAUAAAGCGACUUUAUCAUCAAUGGAACAGUGCAGAGCUCUAUUAUUUGCGCAGCUUGCAACGUUUGGGACUGAGUUCAGAAGAUGGUUUUAGUCCUACGCCAACACAUACUAUAAUGGCCCUAGCUGCCAUUGCGUUGUCCGUAGAAAGUGAAAUAAAUCCUAAAAAUGAAUCAAGCUUAAAGCAACAAGUAAAUACAAGUGAACCUAUGGAAAAAACCAGAACGCUGCAUGAAAUAGAGAACAUAAUCCUACAAAAGGCCUCAACUGUUCUUAUAAAUCAAGAAAGUCUUUCCAUAAAUACACUAAAUGGUUGCAGUGAUAGUGAUGAAAACGAAGGCGAAAUAUCAAUACCAUCGCCCACUUGCAUAUGGCAUCCGAAAUCUCGAGACGCUCGAUUUAAAGAAGAAGUCGAAAAUUGUAGCACUGCGGCUGAAAUUAUUUUGGAGUACGCGUGUAAAACAAAUGCUCUACAAAUUCCUGAUAAUUUCACUACUGUUGGUUCCAAAGUCCGGGCGAAUAUUUUAGAUUCUAUUGACAGCUAUCGUGCGUUGAAUAUGAGUCCACUUUUAUCGCUUAAAAAUAGCAGAGACAGUGUAUCUGUUUCAAAUAUCAACGAAUCUGGUUAUUUUGCGGACAUUCAGUUCCCUGCAGCACCUUCUACACCACCGACAAGCAGUAAUAGCAGCUGCUCGACUGGAAAUAUUCCUGUGUCAUGUUCGUUAAAUAACAGUCGAAGAAAAUCCAGGUCCGCACGGCGCAUCGAAACUCCGACAACUUCUCCUAAAACAACUUUAUUAAAAGGCUGUUAUAAAGAAUAUUCUCGCAGUCAGCAAACAGGAAGUAUUUAUAACGUCAUAGAUGGUACCUUACACAUACCAUCCAUAGCAGCUGCAAAAACAGGAGCAACAUCUACACCAUCUCCUCCUAUUGUUCAAUGUGCAUCUUCCACUAUAUCCACCGUAAACGCUCUGCAGGAACGUGCCCUUACUAAUAUGUUCAAAGCAAGACUAAGUGCUUUGACGGCAGUUGCAAGUAUCGACAAGCGCGCAGAUGAACCCAUGCCAGAUGCUCCGUAUGAUCUAAGCAUUGGAACCAAGCUUAAAAACAUAAACUUGGAUUCAAAAAACUCAUCGAAUACACAAUCCAUCGACUGUAAGGAUAACUCUAAUGAUAAAAAAAAACCACAUAUCAAGAAACCGUUGAAUGCGUUCAUGCUUUACAUGAAGGAGAUGCGAGCCAAAGUAGUUGCCGAAUGUACUCUUAAAGAAUCAGCUGCAAUUAAUCAAAUUUUGGGGAGACGGUGGCACGAACUUUCCCGCGAAGAACAAAGCAAAUAUUACGAAAAGGCUCGGCAAGAGCGCCAAUUACAUAUGGAAUUGUAUCCGGGGUGGAGCGCACGAGAUAACUACGGUUACGUGUCAAAAAAGAAAAAGCGUAAAAAAGACAGAUCGACAACGGAUUCGGGAGGUAAUAACAUGAAAAAGUGCCGUGCUCGUUUUGGACUGGACCAGCAAAAUCAAUGGUGCAAGCCGUGCAGACGCAAAAAAAAAUGCAUACGCUACAUGGAGGCUAUUAACGGAACCAGCGCCAUUGAAGAUGGAAGCGGCAUUGAUGACCUCGGAAGCCAGCUAAGUGAUGACGAAGAUGAUGAUGAUGACGAAGAUCAGUUAGUCGGUAGCUGUGGCAGCAAUGAUGAAAGCAAUAAAAUUCCAGAUGAUGAUACAGAGUCUCUGAAUCAGUCAAUAUCCAGCCCUGGCUGCUUAAGCGGGUUGUCUAGUUUGCAAAGCCCGUCUACAACAACAAGCUUGGCGAGCCCACUUAAUAUGAAUAUAAAUCCAGCAACACCGUCUCUAUUAGCUGCCAGCUCUAAUGCGCUGAUGGUCGUUAAUGCAGAACAUCCAAGAUCGGAAUCUGUUUCUGCAUCAGGAUCGAGUAGUGGGUCUACAUGUAGCAUAAGCACUACGCCGAAUACCUCAAAUACUGUAUCGCCUGUAACAGGUACGACUGGUCCAUCUUUAAGUUCAGCUCAUGAGCGCGCUAUGAUGCUAGGAAAUCGUUUUAGUCACCUAGGCAUGGGCCUUAGUCAUUCGAUAGGUAGUUCCGUUAGCAGAAAAAUUGAUGCGCCAUUGCAGCCACAGACAACAGUCAGUAAAAAUAAGAGUUCAGCAAAUGGCUUUAAUGGUUUUAACGGUUCUAUUGCACCAUCUAAGGCACCAGCGCCGUCAAACAUAGCCCGAAACCCAAUUGGUGCUAAUCCACGAGAUAUAAAUAAUCCGCUCAGCAUCAAUCAGUUAACUAAGCGAAGUGAAGAUCAAAAUGUUUGCUCCAGUGAAAUCUCUGAUUCUCAGGCAAUUUCCGCUUUGGCUUCAACAUCCAUUAUUCACCAUGCUACUCCACUCUACCCCCACCACUCGCUUUUUAAUAGCAGCUUCAGCCAACAUUUCCACGAACAGUUGACCCACCAUUUAGUGGCUGCCAGCAAUAUCGAGUCAACACUAUUACCCGAAGAUCCCCAUUUAGUAAACAACGUCAAGCUUCAUACUCCCUCAGAUCCGCCAACGAACGCAAAUAAUCCCACGUCAAGUGCUGGCCCUUCCGAAACUGGAGCCAUUAGCGUAUCAUAGCAAAAUGCUAGUCUAUUAAAAAACUUCGCCGGCUUUCUCUUUAUUCUCUCAAUUUUCAGUGUUGUGUGAGAAGCAGAUUAAAUAAUUGAACGUGCAAUAACUAUUAUUAUCGCCAUUCCAUUCGCCAUCUUUAGAAACAUGUGGCCAUAAUAGACAAGUGCCAAAAUUUGAAUAAUACAUAUAUAUAUAUAUGUACAUAUAAAUAUGUAUAUUUGCAUUUUUGUAAUAAUUGAAAAUACAAUCUGUUGUCAUUGAUGUCUUGUCAUUGAGAAUAAAUAAUGUAAGAAGCAUUACAAUGUAAUGUAAUGUAAGAAGAAACAGGAUCAUUUCUCUAGAGACAACACAAAUGGAUCAAAACUCAUGCUAGGGAACGCCAAAUAGAUUAAGUAAACGUGCUUAUGUACAUAUGUAACUAAGUACAUUUACACAUCUGUAUGUAUAUAAGUAUAUGCAUACUUACAUAUCUUACGUUACUUACUUAUGUUACACACUUACAUAUCCGCAGAAAGUGGAAUUCAUUUAAACUAUACAUAUGUACGUACGUACGUUUAAAUAAAUAUGAAAAUAUUUAUACCAUUAUGUAUGUACAUUUAAAGAGAUACAUAUGCUGUACAAUAUACGACAUCGUUUUAAUUUUUGUCCGGGCGUUUUAUUUUGGAAUUGACGUUUAAUUACUUUCAAGUAUCUAAGUGCUAUCAAACUCCACUUUUGUUUCAACAUAUGCAUUUGUACGCAAAUACAUAAAAGUUUGUGAAAAUGUCGGCACACACAUCAACUAUUAUUUUUAUUUUCAUAUUUAUUACCGGAGCACAAUAACAUAGUUAACGACUUCUUUUGACAAAAUUAGAUUUAAUACGACUUGUCGUAAAAGCAUAGCACAUAAAUAUCGGGGUUUGUUGUUAAAAACCGCAAUUCAUUUUUUAUAUGCUAUAUGUACAUACAUAUGUAUCUCAAAUAUGUAGAUGAGCAGAAAAUUAAAAGCGAGUAAAUAUAUGAAUUGCUUACAUAAAAAUACUGACAAUGUUUACGAAUUUAUUGACCAUAAGACCUGAUAGCUACUAUUCCAUAAAGAGUAAAUGCCGGCGAAAUAAAUACCAUUUACCUGUAUAUAUGUAUAUGUAUGUACAUGUAUUUAUAAAUUCAUAUUUUAAAGUUAUUAAACAUACAUACGAGUAUAUUUAUACUAGUCUUCAUUCAGUUCAACCUCUUAUAUUGCAAUUGCAUGCAUGCAUAUGUAUGUCCGUAAUCAAUUUUUUAUUAAGUGCGUAAACCCGGGCUCGUAAUUUAUACAUCUGUAAACAUAUAUUGUGGAUAUAUUAGAAAUAGUGCUAACAUGAAUGACAUAUGUACAUUUAAUUUUGUAUACCAUGUGCCAAUAAUAAUCGUUUCUUACAGUGUGCGACUAUGUAUUUUUUUUUUUUGUUGGCUCAGUCCAGAAUUUUAGCGAUAACUUUAUGGACUUUACUGUAAAAGUUACGAGCCCUGAUAAAUACAAACCUACAUAUGUGUGUAUAAAUAUUUUAAUGUACUUAAUAGUCA